AUGUUGUUUUCCCCUCCGCAACCAGGUCAGGAGCCUGCGCCUCCCUCGCCCGCAUCAACAGCACGACCAGAUAGGGGCUUUGUUUUUUCUUUCGGUAAAAAUGGCGGUACGGCGCCAUCCAAGCCAUCUCCCAAAGGAGGGAUUCUCAGCCUGCCACACUUUUCGCUCUUACAAUCUCUCCAAGCUGAGGAGCAAGCAAAGCUCAAGCUGAGCAAAGUCGACUUCUUUCGUGACGCCAUUCGAAUUCGACAUUCAGUGCUCCCUCAAAUUCUCCCCUCCGUAUUAGGCAUCACCCUCUGGUCUGCCCUGAUCUUCAGUGCAGACGCCUUCUACGGUCGACAAUGGAAGACGUCCUCAACCAUAGUCCAGCCGCUCAGUAUCGUGGUUGGUCUGCUGCUGGUCUUUAGGACGGGAACAUGCUUCGAGAAGUGGAAUGAGGCGAGAAAAGUCUGGGCUCAAGCGGAGGCUGAGGGGAGGAGCUUGGGGAGGUGGAUCUGGUUGAAUGCUGAUAUCUCGGUGUACGCCCGUCGCCUCCGAAAGAAGACCCGAGCGAUUCGCCUACUAAGCCUUUUCUUCACUGCCCUCGCCCACGAGCUGCGCGAGGAGUACGGCGUCGGCUAUCCAGAUUACGAGGGCGUGCUGAGCGAGGAGGAUUGUCAUAGGUGGGAGUCAAGUUGUGCUGUCUUGCAGCCCUCACACGCUGCAAUGCACUCGACGACGGGAAGCGGUGCAUCGCUGCGUCAGCAGGAGGAAAGCUCCUCAUCUCAAGCACAGCCCAUCAUGCCCCCACCCAGUCUCGCCUUGUACUCCCUCCACCAGCUCAGCCUGUACCUCACUGCCGCCCGAGCGAGCGGGAUGCUCGACCUCGCCGGCCCGGCAGGCUUCAACUACAGCAACACCUUGAUCUCCUCCCUGACAUCAGCCCAUGCUUCGCUACACCGCAUCAAAGCAGCAGCCAUCCCCGCCGCGUACGGGAUCCACCUCAAGCAGUGCACGGCCGCCUACCUGCUGGCCCUUCCUCUCACCCUCGUGACGGAGCUAGGCUGGAAAGUGAUCCCCUUCGUCACGCUGGUGGCAGUGACGUUGCUGGGCGUGGUGGGGAUCAAUGGAGAGCUGGAAGUGCCCUUUGGCGAUGAUGCAUCGGAUCAUAAUUUGGGCCUGUUCUGUGCUGCUUUCAGGGGGGAGAUAGAGUUGCUUGUGCGGGGUUCCGAGGAGGGGGUAGGGGAUAAGGAGGAGAUUUGUGGGUGA